UGAGCCCCUUGCCAGUUCUCUUCUCAGACUAGUCCAGGAGACAGGAGAGAGGGAGAGAGAGAGAGAGGCAAAAGGAAUGGAACUCCUUUGGGUUGCUGCAGUCAGCAUUUGUUUCCUAUCAGCUUUUCAUCCUGCAGAAUUUGCCACUGCUCAUUAUGACAAGAUUUUGAGCCACAGUCGGAUCAGGGCACGUGAACAAGGGCCAAAUGUCUGUGCUCUCCAACAAGUUAUGGGAACCAACAAGAAAUAUUUCAGCACAUGUAGGAACUGGUACCAGGGAGCCAUCUGUGGGAAGAAAGCAACUGUUUUAUACGAAUGCUGUCCUGGCUACAUGAAGAUGGAAGGUGAACGUGGCUGUCCUGCAGUUGCUCCCAUAGAUCAUGUCUAUGGCACUUUGGGCAUUGUGGGAGCUACGGCCACUCAGAGAUACUCCGACAUGUCGAAGCUGAGAGAAGAGAUCGAAGGACCUGGCUCUUACACAUUCUUUGCACCAAGCAACGAAGCCUGGGAUCUUUUGGACCGUGAAAUCCACAGCGGCCUGAUUGAGAAUGUAAACAUUGAGCUGUACAAUGCCCUCCAUAACCACAUGAUAAACAAGCGAAUGUUGACCAAGGACCUUAGGAAUGGCAUGACUCUGGUCUCUAUGUACAACAACCAAAACCUUCAUAUAAAUCACUACCCCAAUGGUGUUGUGACCGUUAACUGUGCCAGAGUCAUCCAUGGCAACCAGAUUGCAACAAAUGGUGUAGUGCACGUCAUUGACCGUGUGCUGACCCCCGUUGGAAAUACUAUCCAGGACUUCCUUGAAGUAGAAGAUGAUCUCUCUUCUCUCAGAGCAGCUGCUUUUACAUCAGAUGUGAUGGAUGUUCUUGGAAAACCUGGGCACUACACACUUUUUGCACCUACCAAUGAAGCUUUUGAAAAACUUCCACGUGGCGUCUUGGAGAGGAUCAUGGGUGACAAAGUGGCCUCUGAAGCUCUGAUGAAAUUCCACAUUUUGAACUCACUUCAAUGUUCUGAAGCUAUCACGGGUGGGGCAUCCUUUGAGACCAUGGAAGGCAACACAGUUGAAGUUGGCUGUGAUGGUGAAAGCUUGACAAUUAAUGGAGUCAAGAUGGUCAGUCGCAAAGAUAUUGUGACAAGCAAUGGUGUAAUUCACCUCAUAGACCAAGUGCUUAUUCCUGACUCAGCUAAACAAGUUAUUGAGCUUGCUGGUCCACAACAAGCUACCUUCAAAGAUUUAGUGUCUCAGGUUGGUUUGGCUGCAUCUCUGAGGCCAGAGGAAGAAUAUACCCUCCUAGCUCCACUAAAUGGGGCUUUUUCAGAUGACACCUUGACCAUGGACCAGCGGAUCCUUAAGCUGAUUCUUCAGAAUCACAUUUUGAAAGUGAAAAUUGGCCUAAAUGACCUGUACAAUGGGCAAUUCUUGGAGACUCUGGGAGGGAAGAAGCUCAGAGUGUUUGUCUAUCGCACGGCUGUGUGUGUUGAGAAUUCUUGCAUGAUCCGAGGAAGUAAAGAGGGGAGGAAUGGAUUUAUCCAUGUUUUCAGACAACUAAUUCAACCAGCAGAAAAGACUCUUCAUGAAACACUGAGAUCUGAUAAACGAUUCAGCAUAUUCCUCAGCCUAGUAGAAGCUGCAAACUUAGAAGAAGUUCUGUCCCAACCCGGUGACUGGACUUUGUUUGUCCCAACAAAUGAUGCUUUUAAAGGCUUGACGGAACAAGAGAAACAGACUCUGAUGAGGGACCAAAAUGCUCUCCGGAAUAUUCUGCUUUAUCAUCUGACUCGGGGAGUUUUCAUUGGAAGUGGAUUUGAACCUGGUGUAACCAACAUUCUCAAAACUAUUCAGGGUGGCAAACUGUACUUAAAAGUGGUAAAUGACAGUCUCCUGGUGAAUGAACUGAAAUCAAAAGAAUCUGAUCUCAUGGCAACCAAUGGUGUAAUUCACGUCAUAGACAAACUUCUGUAUCCUGCAGAUAUGCCGGUUGGAAAUGAUCAACUCCUCGCAAUUCUCAAAAAGCUGAUUAAGUACAUUCAGAUCAAGUUUGUCCGAGGUAGCACAUUCAAAGAGAUCCCAAUGACAUUUUACACCACCCGCAUUAUUACUAAAGUUGUAGAUCCAAAGAUUAAAGUAAUUGAAGGCAGCUUUGAACCCAUUCUUGGAAAUGAAGAUGUUAAAACAAUAACAAGAGUUGUUGGUAGCACCAUUCGCAAAGAGAUUGAAGUGCCAUCCAUUACAAAAAUCACCAAAGUGAUUGAAGGGGAACCAGAAUUUAAGCUGGUCAGGGAAGGUGAAACAGUAUCUAAAGUGAUUCAUGGAGAACCUAAAAUUAAAAAAUACACCAAAAUAAUUGACGGCUUUCCAGUGGAAGUAACUGAAAAAGAAGUGACAGAAGAAAGAAUUAUCCAAGGUCCUGAACUGAAGUAUACCCACAUCACUACAGGUGAUGGGGCAGAUGCUGAGGAGACUCUUAAGAAAUUGCUGGAAGAAGAGGUUACCAAGGUGACCAAACUCAUUGAAGGUGAUGGUCAUUUGCUUGAAGAUGAAGAAAUCAAAAGAUUCCUCCAGGGAGCUGGAUCUGAGUACACCAAGGUUACUAAAGUAAUUCAGGGAGAGCCAAAGGUUGUUGAGACAGAAAUAAAGAAAAUUCAUCUAGAAGAAACACCUGUAAGGAGAGUACAAACAUCUAGAAGGACGCAAGGAUCACCACGGAGAAGAACACGGCUUGUCCGUCCUGGUGCAAAAAAGCAGAAUCCACAGAAAGAGAACUGAAGAACUGAAACAAUAAUCAGCAGUCACAAGGGACGAUCUUAUUUCACCAGAAAAAACAUUUUUUGAACCACACGGUCUCAUUAACAAUUGGGCAUUUCAACCUGUACCCCAUAUAAUCACAUGGGAGAACAUGUAAUAGGAAGCGCUUCCUAAAAGUACGCUUAAUGAGCAGGGAUUAACUCUGAAUGUAUCAUUUUUUUAUUAAUCGGAAAUGUAUAAAUUAAAUAUAAUCCCAUCUGAUUAUAAGACAUAGCAUGUAAACUAUGUGAGGCUAACACUAUCAUUUCUUUAUGUAAAUCAAGAUCGUCAAAACUAUUUGAGGAUUAUCUUUGUAUGACCUAUUUAAGUGUCAUUAUGGCACAGACAACAUUACCUUCAAUAAAUGGAUAUUAAACCAC